AUGACGCAGGUGGCCGUGGCAACCAACCCGACCCACUACGGCAACCCAUCCACUGGCUGCGAGUCCGACGAGGUUGACGUUCGCGUGAGCGGGCUGUCGGGCGACUUCUGCAGUCCGAAGUGCAACAGCUCCGGGGUUUGCCCCAAGGACAUGCCCAAGGGUGAUGCAGCAGUUCCCGAAUGCGCAUUGCGCACCACCACUGGGGACAAGUACUGCGGACUGGUUUGCCGAUCCGACUCAGACUGCGGAACUGGCUCCUGCCAGACCAGCCUGGGGGUCGGCCUCUGCACCUACGCCGCCGCGGAUGCAGCGCACCCGCUGCAACUUCUUCCUGCCGAGGCGGCACAGAUCAUCGUCUAA